GUGUGUGUGUGUGUGUGUGUGUGCGCGUGUGUGUGUGUGUUUUUUCCACACUGAAAAGGGUGUGAGUGAAUACAGAGAAGGGGGAGGACUGCCUAUUUUUUUUUGACUGACACUGUGUAAAGAUGGACGUCGCAGAGUUCCGCAAGAGAGGGAAGGAGAUGGUGGACUAUAUAGCUGACUACCUGGAGAACAUUGAGAAAAGGAAGGUUUAUCCUGAUGUGGAGCCUGGCUAUCUUCGAUCACUCAUUCCUGAGGCGGCUCCUGAUGAGCCAGAGACGUAUGAAGACGUGAUUAAGGACAUUGAGCGGGUCAUCAUGCCAGGGGUCACCCACUGGCACAGCCCGUACUUCUUUGCCUACUUCCCCACUGCCGGCUCCUUCCCUGCACUACUGGCAGACAUGCUGUCAGGGGGAAUCGGCUGCAUUGGCUUCUCCUGGGCUGCAAGUCCUGCCUGUACUGAACUGGAGACAGUGGUGCUGGACUGGCUGGGAAAAAUGCUGCAGCUGCCUGAGGAAUUUCUAGCAGAAACAAAUGGCAAAGGAGGUGGUGUGAUUCAGGGAACUGCUAGCGAAGCGACUUUAGUAGCGCUUCUUGCCGCUCGCUCCAGGAUCGUGAAACGGGUUCAAGUUGAUCAUCCUGAGUGGACUGAAGUGCACAUCCUGUCUAAACUUGUAGCCUAUACAUCAAACCAGGCUCAUUCAUCUGUUGAGAGAGCAGGUCUAAUAGGAAGUGUGAGAAUGAAAAAACUUCCCACUGACAGCAAGUUUGCCAUGAGGGGAGAGGCACUGAGGAAAGCCAUUGAGGAGGACAAAGCAGCUGGUCUCAUUCCCUUCUAUUUAUGUGCCACACUGGGAACAACUCCAUCGUGUGCAUUUGACUGCAUCACUGAGCUUGGACCCAUAUGUCACGCAGAGGAGAUAUGGAUGCACAUUGAUGCUGCCUAUGCAGGAAGUGCAUUCAUCUGUCCUGAGUUCCGACCUCUCUUGGAUGGUGUGGAGUUUGCUGACUCCUUCAACUUUAAUUCUCACAAGUGGUUGCUAGUGAACUUCGACUGCUCCGUGAUGUGGGUGAAGAAAAGGGCUGAUAUUAUCGGGGCAUUUAAGAUGGACCCGCUUUAUCUGAAGCAUGACCACCAAGAGUCAGGACUCGUGACAGAUUAUAGACACUGGCAGAUCCCACUGGGUCGGAGGUUCCGCUCACUGAAGUUGUGGUUCGUGUUACGUAUGUAUGGAGUCCGAGGCCUGCAACAGUACAUCCGCAAGCACGUUGCACUGGCUAAGGAGUUUGAGAGUUUGGUGCUAGCCGAUGAACGCUUUGAGAUCUGUGCUGAGGUGGUGCUCGGCCUGGUCUGCUUCAGAUUAAAGGGCUCGAACGACCUGAAUGAAACCCUGCUGAAGAGGAUCAACGGCAGUCGGAGGAUUCACCUGGUGCCGUGCCAGCUGGCGGAUACGUUCGUGUUGCGCUUGGCCGUGUGCGCUCGCACCACUGAAUCACGGCACAUUCACGAAGCCUGGACUUUCAUCACUCAGCUGGCAUCCGAGCUUCUCCGUGAGAACCAACACUAAGCACCGGACACAACACUGUGCUCAUUAAUCAUUUUCGCUUACGCAUAUCCUGCUCCUGUGAUUUGUUCUCCUCUGUGUGUGUCUGAGAUCUGUUGCUGUCUGUCAAGUGAUUAUGUACAAUAGGUUCUAAAUGUCUGAGAGUCCACUACCAAAGACGUAUUCAUUUCAUUGUUUUCUUUCAAAAAUUAAUACAAUACAGUGUUGGCACGUUGUAAGUCAGUCAUUGUUCCGACAAGGGAGUCCAGGAUAGAGGAUGUUGUUUCUGGUUUCUCAGUAACAUUCUUUUUUUUUUUUCCUCAUCUUCUGAACUUCAAGAGAGAAAUAAAGCCUCUGCUAUAACAUCAGUGAUGAUGGGAAUUAACUUGUCUUGCGACGUUCCACAAUAUUAAAAGUAACUGUAAAUGGAAAAAAGGUACAACGUCAUCAUUCAGUUCUAAAUUCCAUCCAUCCAUUGUCUGGAGCUGCUUAUUCUG